AGCACUGCUACACCAUCCAGGACGGGGCUUUGGCUGGCUUCCAGCAGAUUUACCUGGAGCUGAUGCUCAAAUUCCACAUCAACCUCAAGAAGCUGCAGCUCCACGAGGCCGAGUACAUCCUGCUCCAGACCAUGCUGCUCUUCUCGCCAGGCCACACCAGCGCCGCCCAGCGCGAUUUCGUCGACCGUUUCCAGGAGAAGGUGGCCCUGACGCUCAAGAGCUACAUCGACCACCAGCACCCCAUGCCCGAGGGCAGGUUCCUCUACGCGAAGCUGCUGCUGCUGCUGACGGAGCUGCAGACGCUGAAGGUGGAGAACAUGCGGCAGAUCCUGCACAUCCAGGACCUGUCCUCCAUGACGCCGCUGCUCUCCGAAAUCAUCAGCUAGGACACCCCCUCCCUGCCCCCAGCACCCAGCACCCAGCGGGGCUCAAACUGGGACAACUGGGCCAAGAGUAAAGCUCCUUUAUUUUU